ACAGGGUACAGGAGAUGGCUCAACCCCUGCAGAAGGUGCUGAUGGAGCCCGAGGUGGUGCGUGGCCUCACGCAGGACCCCGCCACCUUCAGGUUCCCCCGCCGCCCGCUAGUGGUGGCGGGGGCGGUGCACUGGCCGCCCCACGUUGGUGUGACCCAUGGCCCAGACGGCCUCGGCAUCUCGGGCGCCAUGGCCAACGUGAUGCAGGUGCUCGCCGAGACGCUCAAUUUCACCUACACCAUCGUAACGCCCGCCGACGGCUCGUGGGGGGCUGAGCGAUCCAACGGCACGUGGACUGGCAUGGUGGGCCAAGUGGUUGAGAAGAAGGCGGACGUCGCUGUGGGCCCGUUUGGCAUCACGCUGAGGAGGAGCCAAGUGGUCGAUUUCACGGAGUCCUUUUACUUUGAUGACCGCUCCAUCCUGGCGAAGAAAGGGGUGCCGGAAAUCGACCACUGGGGUUUCUUAUACCCCCUGACGUCGUCUGUGUGGGCGGCGAUGAUGGCGGUGCUGGCGAUGGUGUGGGUGCUGUCGAUGGUGUUGCUGCGUCGCCCGAAAGGUGUUGGUCUACUGGGCUGGUGGGGAGAGCUUCUGCUGGAAAAUAUUCGUAUUCUUCUAAACCAAGGCGUGAAGAAGACGCUGCUGUUGGGGAGUUCAAAGAUCCGGAAUGUGAGUGGGUUGUGGGUAGUGGUGGCGGCCGUGGUCUUCUGGAGCUACUCGGGCACCCUCACGUCCCUGCUGGCCGUGAGGUUCAUCCCGCAACCCAUCCAGACCCUCAGGGACCUGCUGGACGACCCUUCCCUCACCGUCAUCAUGGAGCCCAACACCAUCGUCACCGACACCAUCGCGAAAAUGAAAUUCGGAGAGCUUCGGGAACUCCACGAGCUACAGUUCGUGGGUCGCGUGCGUUAUCAACACGCCUCCACCUUCCCCCGCGCCCUGGACACUCAGGUCCGCCGCCAGCGACACGUCAUCAUCAGCACCAGCCUCUCCGCCGAACUCUUCAUGGCUGACAUCUUUACUCAGACGGGGAGCUGCGAUUUUUACAAGGCGAGGCAGAGCUUCUUCACGUCCACGCACUGCAUGAUCGGCCCCAAGGACAGCCUCCUCGUGCCGGCCAUCAACCACAGGAUACGCGCCCUGAUCGAGUCCGGCCUGUACGAGCACUGGCUGCUGAGCGACAUCCCGGCCCUCACCACCUGCCGCUCCUCGCCGCCCAUCGUGCUCGUCAGGGCGCCGCUCUCCCUCGCCAACCUGUGGGGCGCCGUGGUGCUGCUGGGCGCGGGACAAGUGCUUGCUCUGCUCGCCUUCUGCAUCGAGAUGUUGGGGUGCCGCGUGUGCCCCUGAAGACUCACGCUGCCCGGCCAUCUUCUCUAACACUCCCUCCUUUCCUGUCCUCUCCCAUCCCAUAUUCUUCCUGACUCCUUUUUAUUCUUCCCCUCUGUCUCUCAUGUAACCUGUCCACCCUUGACGCUCCCCUCCAUUUACACGCCUUUUUUUUUCUCUCUCUCCUACCAGCGUUUUGUCUUUAUCCCCGUCAGUUCCUCUUUCUGUGAGCUAUAAGUACUCCGGCUUUUUACGUCUCCUUCCCAUCACAUCGCCACUCUUCCUUUCCUCUCCCGUCCCAAAUUCCUGAUUAAUUAUCGCUCUUCACUCCCUUCCCUUCCUUUUCCAUUCAUCUUGUCCACCUCUCCUGCUCUUUUCUGAAUGUUCCGUUUUCUCUCACAACCUAUGCUUCUCAUGCAACAGGAAUUCCGGCGGUGUCUCAGAGUACUCCAUGGCUGGGAAGGAUUAACAUUGAACAAUACAAUUUCCCACGACGCUCUAGAAAGGAGGAAGAACCCCCGUCAUGGGCUGCUCCUGGUUGACACCUGUGCAAACAAAGUAAAUCGCCACCUUUGUGAAUCGAUCUUUGGUCCCGUGCUAAGGUCCACUUGAUUUUGUUAUUUAUGAUCCGUGUAGUCAGCGUGCAUUACAGUGAACCGUUAGCAUAUACCACCGUUGAAACAUGUCCUUGUAUAAUGAAUGACCACAGCAAUAGGCAGUGCCACUUAUGGUAUUAUACUCACUAGCUGGAAAGAAAUACAUGAUA